AUGGCGUCGCUCAAACCGACAUUACGCGCUGAGAGCGUCCGGUGCUUCAGCGCCUCGGAACGCAGGGGAUUACACACGAUGGAGAUGACAGAAGCAGAUCUCGCGAGUCUGAAAGUCAACCAAAGCAGACUCAUGGAAGACAUCCAUUACACGUGUUCUUGGGGAACGGGAGAGCGGUGGGGAACCGCUUCAACCGAGACAGGCAUGUCCCGUCUUACUCUUUCCGAUGCCGACAAGGAAGCCCGAGACUGGUUCGUAGCGACUACUCAAGCGCUCGGAUGCCACACCACCGUCGAUGCCAUGGGAAAUAUCUUCGCAGUCCGUCCUGGCCUACGGCAAGGCCCCGCUACUUUCGCCGGUUCCCACCUCGACACGCAGCCGAGCGGUGGCCGUUAUGAUGGAAUUCUCGGUGUCACUGCUGGCGUUGAGAUGCUCAAAGUCCUUAGUGAAAACUGGGUCGAGACAGAGUUCCCCGUUGGAGUAGUAAACUGGACGAACGAAGAGGGCGCCCGUUUCCCCAUUUCCAUGGUUGCAUCAGGCGUCUGGUCCGGCGAUAUCCCUCUUGACCGCGCCCACAACCUCCGCGAGGUGGGCGGUGGUGCAGCUACUAUGAACUCCGAGCUGGAGCGAAUCGGUUACCUGGGAACGACUCCCGCCAGCCACAGUGCUAUGCCCAUGGGCGCCCAUUUCGAGCUGCACAUCGAGCAGGGACCAAUUCUCGAGACCGAACAGAAGAAGAUCGGCGUCGUGCAAGGCGUGCAAGCCUACCGUUGGUUCACCAUCGACGUGAAAGGACGAGACUGCCACACCGGCACCACCCCCUUCCACACGCGCUCCGACGCCCUCCUUACCGCCUCUAAGCUGAUCCUGCACUCGCACCGCCUCGCAACCGCCCACCCCUCCGCCCUCGCCAGCACCGGCAUCCUGACGCUCACGCCGGGCAGCACGAACACGGUCCCGGGCCACGUGCGCUUCAGCCUCGACAUCCGCUCCCCGUCCGACGCGGUGCUGGACGCGCUCGAGGACGCGCUGCGCACCGACUUCGCCGCCAUCGCGCGGGGCGACGCCGCGCCGGGCAGCUCGUCGCUGCUCGGCGGCGCGGGGACCGACGUGUCGGCGGGCUGCACCAAGGGCGUGCCGUGCGAGCUCGAGUGGACGACGGACAGCGUCAGCCCGGCCGCCGUCUUCCACGACGACGCCGUGGCGUGCGUGCGCAGGGCGAGCGCCUGGUACGACGGCACCCGCGGCUUGACCAGGGAUCUGACGAGCGGCGCGGGGCAUGACAGCGUGUACGCGUCGCGCAGGUGCCCCACGGCCAUGAUCUUCGUGCCGUGCAGGGACGGCGUGAGCCACAAUCCGAGCGAGUACUGCGCGCCUGAGGAUUGUGCGGCCGGAGCGCAGGUGCUUUUGGGCAGCGUGUUGGCGUUCGAUCGCAUGAGGGCGGACAGGAGGGUGACGUGGGCGCAGGAGGAGAGGAGGGCUUGA